GGAUAUCAGUGGAAGACACAGUGUUCCCUAAAAGCCAUCCAGUUCCCGGGGAGCAUCAGCAGCCGCGAUUCCUCUGCUCCGCACAGAAAAUACGCUUGACCUUUUCUUUGCCUUCUGGUGUUUUUUAUGGGUUUAGAAGCAAAAGGAUGUGAGUUUUCCAGCUGGUUAUGAAUCUUUUCGAUUUCCCUGACUUCUGUCUGACGCUGGGGCCACCACGAUGCUGCCGCUGUGCAAAGAAAACCAGCCCGAAUUACCUCAGCGAGAGCUUUUUCAUGGUGAAAGGUGCAGCCCUUUUCUUACAGCAAGGAAACAGCUCCCAGGGCCAGCGAAGCCUCCAGCAUCCCCACAAACAUGCAGGUGACUUGCCCCAGCACCUCCAGGUGAUGAUCAACCUCCUGCGCUGCGAGGACAGGAUCAAACUGGCCGUGCGUUUGGAGAGCGUGUGGACCGACCGCGUGCGCUACAUGGUGGUGGUGUACAGCAGCGGGCGGCAGGACACCGAGGAGAACAUCCUGCUGGGAGUGGACUUCUCCAGCAAGGAGAGUAAAAGCUGCACUAUAGGAAUGGUUCUUCGCCUGUGGAGUGAUACUAAAAUCCACCUGGAUGGGGAUGGUGGCUUCAGCGUGAGCACUGCAGGGAGGAUGCACAUCUUCAAACCUGUGUCAGUGCAAGCCAUGUGGUCUGCUCUGCAGAUCCUCCACAAAGCCUGUGAAGUUGCCAGGAGGUACAACUACUUCCCAGGAGGGGUGGCACUGGUGUGGGCCACCUACUACGAGAGCUGCAUCAGCUCUGACCAGAGCUGCAUCAACGAGUGGAACGCCAUGCAGGACCUGGAGUCCACCCGCCCCGACUCCCCAGCCCUCUUUGUUGACAAGCCGACGGAAAGGGAACGAACGGAGCGGCUCAUUAAAGCCAAGCUCCGGAGCAUCAUGACCAGCAAGGACCUGGAAAAUGUGACUUCCAAGGAGAUCCGAAACGAGCUGGAGAAACACAUGAACUGCAACUUGAAGGAAUUCAAGGAAUUUAUAGACAAUGAAAUGCUGCUGAUCCUGGGCCAGAUGGACAAACCAUCCCUGAUUUUUGAUCAUUUGUACCUGGGCUCCGAGUGGAACGCGUCCAACCUGGAGGAGCUGCAGGGCUCGGGCAUUGACUACAUCCUGAACGUCACCCGGGAAAUCGACAACUUCUUCCCAGGCCUGUUCGCGUACCACAACAUCCGGGUGUACGACGAGGAGACCACGGACCUGCUGGCACACUGGAACGAGGCUUAUCACUUCAUCAACAAGGCCAAGAAGAACCACUCCAAGUGCCUGGUGCACUGCAAGAUGGGCGUGAGCCGCUCGGCAUCCACCGUCAUCGCCUACGCCAUGAAGGAGUUCGGCUGGUCCCUGGAAAAGGCCUACAAUUACGUCAAGCAGAAGCGCAGCAUCACGCGGCCCAACGCCGGCUUCAUGCGGCAGCUGCUGGAGUACGAGGGCAUUUUGGAUGCCAGCAAGCAGCGCCACAAUAAACUGUGGAAGCAGCAGGCAGAGAGCAACCUGCCCCAGAACACCGACGGCACCACGGGGUCGGGAGAUUUCUUACUGGAGAGCUUGGACAUCGACCUGGAAAACCGCCUGGCUGACCUGGACAUGCCUUCCCAGUCUGCCUACCUGGACAACCGAGCCGGCUCCGAGGGCUUCGGUUACUGCUUCCGCCGCCUGUCGGACACGCUGCUGGAGAACAAGAUUCCCGGGGACAGGGAGGGCUUCUUCCACAUGGAGCAGCUGGAGCGGGAUGCCCUGGUGGGACAGCCUGCAUCUGCACCAUCCCAGGGGAGGCUGCUGGAGAUGGAAAAGGCCCCGGAGAGAGCGGAGCCACUGGCAGAGCUGGGUGGCUUCUGUGAGAAAGAGGCAAAGAAGAAGCUGGACUUCAGCCCCAGGAAGGGAAGGAUGGUCCUUGGGGAGCCAGGGGAGGAUGGUGUCAGGGAGGAAAAUCCCAUGGAAAAGUGGAAGCGGCGUUUGUCCAUGCACAAGGAGGAGAGCAGGCUCAAUAGGGAGAACUUGAAUAACAACAACAGCAAAAGGAGUUGCCCGGAGGAUUUUGAGCACGAUGCCGUGUUUGGGAUCCUCAGCAAGGUGAAGCCUUCCUACCAGUCCUGCACUGACUGCAUGUAUUCCUCAGCGGGGUUGGCCCCCGACUCCUUCGGGGAGCAGUGCGAGAGGCUUGGCGCCGCGCGGCGCAGCAGCACCAUCUGCACCCAGCCCCCCCUCCUGUCCCAGCUGCACUCCCACCUGAUGGAACACCUGCCCAGCAGGGCACCCCCCGAGGAGCCAGGCAGAACUAAACAUAACGAGGCUCCGCUCCCUCUGGCACCAGGAGCCGGGGCUGUGGAGGCUGGCACGUGCAGGUCACUGGAUCAGCACUGCGGCCUUUUGGACAGAGGGAAAGAUGCGCCAAAAACCCCCGAAAAAACUCUGCUGCCCAGGAGAAACUCCCACUGUGACAGGAGCCUCCUUCACGCAGAGAUGGUGAGGGAAGAGUCUCUGGCCAGAAAGGACCCCAGACCUACCAAGGACCUGAAGUACCUGUUGUUCAGCAAAGACUUGGAAAAGCCGAGCGCCAACAGUUACUUGAUGCAGCACCAGGAGUCGCUGCUCCAGCUGCAGAAAGCAGGGUUGGUCAGGAAGCACACCAAAGAGCUGGAGCGCCUCAAGAGCCUGCCCUCCGAUGCCUCAGUGCUGCUCCGGGACAGCCCCCUGGGCAGGGUGGACUCCAGCAUCGCGGAGGAAAGCGAGGACUUGAUGUCCCAUCCCGGCCUUGUGCCUCUCCUGGCACCGUCCCCACUGGUGCCCGGAGACACCGAGAACGACGUGGAGAAGCUGGGGGUGAAGCGUGUCCUGGAGGGGAUCUCCCAGAAAACCUCCACGCUGGCCGGGUGCCGCCUGGAGCACACGAGCAGCUUCACCAAGGACUUCCUGAAGACCAUCUGCUACACCCCCUCCUCCUCCCGCAGCUCCAACCUGACACGGAGCUCCAGCAGCGACAGCAUCCACAGCGUGCGGGGCAAGCCCGGGCUGGUGAAGCAGCGCACGCAGGAGAUCGAGACCAGGCUGCGCCUGGCCGGCCUCACCGUGUCCUCACCCCUGAAAAGGUCCAAUUCCCUCGCCAAGCUGGGAUGUCUUAACCUGUCCUCCGAGGACUUGUCGAGUGACGUGGACGUGGCCACCAUCACGGACUCCAAGGAGGCCGUGUCCAGCGAGUGCUCCGUGCCCUGUGAGCCCCCGCUGAGGAGCGCGGACGGCACCUCCAAAGCAGGGGGGAAGCCUCUGGCUGGAAACUUGAAGAACACGCUUUGGAUGGGCAAAAGUUGAUGCCUUGCAGGGCGAGGAGGGGGCUGGAGCAUUUUGGGGGUUUGCAGCAUUUAUUCAUUGCACCAGUGCUGUUUUAUCAUCUGACUUGCAGCAGCUCAUCUGGUGCCACCUCCUCGUCCCCUCUUUGUGCUCCGAGAGAGGAGGAAAGAACCACGAUGGGUCCCAAUGAAGGGCACAAGGGAAAUAAAACGUGUUGCAUGGCUUAGAGGAGGACUUGGUGUGUGACUUGCCUGUUGUCCUGCAGGAUACUCUUCCUAGUACUGUUUGCCAAGUGUAAUAAUGUGGAUGUGUGUGUUGUUAUGGAUAGAUAUUUGUAUCUCUAUCUAUAUCUAAAAUGCUGAAAUAUUCUGUUUCAAAGAUUCAAAAUAAUUAUUCAUUACUUUUUUUUACAGAACAAACACAAGUCUCUAUUUAAACAGGGCACUUGUGGAAAAUCCUUAAAAUGGUGACACGCACACUACCUCUGUUCUCGCUGGCUUUUUGUCCUGGUCUAUUGUUUGGAGCUUUUAUCCAAAAGGCUUUUCCCAGAAUUCUUGCUGUUGUUUGAAGGAAUUCCCUUAGCUGUAAAGGCCUGGAGGAGUGUGAACACUGAGGCUUCCCCAGGCUGUGGCUGGGAGGUGACGGAGUGCUGAGGGGACACUGUGACCCGAUGUCACCCUGGCUGUUGCUGUCACCGGUGUUGUGUUCUUGGGGUGUUUUGCUGUCGUUGUGGUCGGUGUUGUCCCAGUGCUGACAGAGCCUGGCCGGUGGUUGCCUGUGGACCCUCGUGAUGUGAAGCUGUGUCAGUGUCGUGGGUGCUCUGGGGACCCUCUGUCACUGGGCUGUGGGUGACGUGAGGUGGCCGAGGAGGGGUGGCUCUCCUGGACCCCGGCAGGUGACAGAGUGUCCUUUGUGGUUGUGCUGUUGGUUUUGUAGGAUGAUCCCUGUGCCCGGGGAGCUGCUGGAGGAGUCUUGGGGGCUGUUUAUGGUGGGCAUCAGGAGUGUGGGUGCCACAGCCAGGCCGGGCCUGUCCCAGAGCUCACAGGGCUGUGUGUGAGAGCCACUGAACCCUGCUGGGGGGAGCUGACAGAAACACGGACACACUCUGAGAGGGAUGCUGGAGGAAGGGUGGGCAGCCAGGGACUGUCUGUGCUCUCAGUCCAGUGUUUCCCCUCCUGCCAGGGCUGCUGCUUGGAUUCUGUAGGGAAUUCACAUUUUCUGUGAGUAUUUUUGGCAACCAGCCUGGUUGAGGGCUGCUCCAUGCAAGCCCUUGCUGAGUCCAGUGGGAAGAGCUUGGGAAGUGAGCAGGGGAUGUGCUCCAAACCUCGGUGCCCCCUGAUCCCAUCUGAGGCCUUGUGCCUUUGAGUGGUGUUUUGAAGUAGAUUUGGGGGCUCAAAGAGGUGAAUUUGCUCACCCUGGCUGUGGGUGGGAGCAUUCCCACAUUUUAAAAUCUCCAUGGAAAGGCUUUCUUGCAGCUCCCCUCUGAGGUGGGGCAAAGCCAGGCUGCAGCAGCUGCUCUGAACUGUAUUGAUUGAAAAUCCAAUGUCUUGAGGAAGGGAGCUGUGCAUUUUCCUGCCCUAAAUGCCUGGAGUUCCCUCUUUCCCCUUUAGCAUAAGAUCCUGCAUGUUUCAUUUGUGUGAGGAAUUGUAGGGACAGGCAAUCAGUGAAUAAUUGUCCCUCCUAAAAGAGUCUGAAUUUGAUUUGCACUUGUUCCACCCAGGAGAGCUGGUGUGGAGCAAAAGCUGCUCCGGGAGGGAGAUUUUGCUGGAGCCUCUGUUUGUUUGGGCUGAGGCAGCGCUGGGUCAUGCUCAGGGCAGGAUGAAACCCCACAAGCCAGGGCCGGAUCCAUUCCCUGUGUUUGGAUCAUCUUUAUCCUCCUUUGCAGCCAGAUUCAGGUUUGCAAGGGGCAGACGGGAGGCCCCGGGGCUGUUGGGUGCCGCAGGGUCGGAGCAGCACCUGGGAAACCUCCGUGUCCCCUGCCCGGGACGAUUCCACCGUCACCCUCGGUUAUUGUUAUAACCCAGGUUAUUGUUCUCUGUGUGCUGCCGACCCUUCCCAUCACUGCCUGGCUCGGGGAAGAGCUACUGGGAACGGUUUUGAAUGAAUUUGGAAAAUUCCGUGAACUGACACAAGCGAGCAUCUGAUUUCCUUCCUGUUUCUCGAGUGCCUGCCGAGUUCUGCCGCGUCCAACCCGCCGCGUUCCGGGCUCAGCUCGGCACCCUCCGCCUUCCCCUGCUGCUGCUCCCGCCUGGCUCUGGCUGGAUCAGCCCCAGGCUUCGCUGCGGGCUCGGGGCUCCCUCCCUGCGUGCUCGGGAUACGGACACGGCUCGCUGGGAGCUGCUGCGGAAGCUCCGCUGUGCCAUUCCCGGGGGCUGUAGCCAAACUCGCCCGUCCCGUCGGGUUUGUUGCAUGACAAGGUUGAUGUGCUUGUCCUCCCCACGUGUCGUACGUGUCCUUACGAUGGAGUGCCUUACUCAUAGUUUACAAACACUGUGUAUCUGCUGAGCUGUUGGACUCUGCUGUUUGCUGUUCUCUAGGGAGUUUUUGGUGCUUUUGGUGUUUCCGGUGGCAGUGAGGCCAUCCCUCCUCCUGUCCUGCCCUCCUGUCCCCGCCGAGCUCGGCACUGCUCACCUGCUACUGCUUCCCUCUGCUCUGGGCAUGGCAGAACCAGAGGGCUCCGUGACAGCCGCGGUGCCCGCGGCUGCCCGGUGUCCCCAGUUAUCCCAUUUAUCCCAUUUAUCCCAUUUAUCUAUGCAUCGCUGCCGGAACGCGGGCGGGGUGUGCAGGGACACAUCCCAUCACCGACCACGCUUUGCUCGGCAGACCCAGACCCUGUCCCGUCCUGCCAGAAAUCCUGAGAUGCACAAGCCGGCGCCUUAUUCCCGGUCCGGGCGGUGUCGCUCCGUGUGGCAGCAGUGCCCGAUCUCCCGGGGACCCUUCCCGUGCCGGGGGGUUUGUCCCGGCCGAGUCACCGACUCCCGGCAGGAGCGGUGGGGACAGUCCCGGUCAGUCCCUGAGGAGGGGUGAGUGACGUGUAGCUGUUCUGUGCAUUGCUGUACUCCAUAACAACGUUCCUUUAUUCCAUGGUAUUUCUUAGCCCAAUUUUAUAUGGAAAUCUGCAGGAUUUUUGUACUGUAUGCCCGCGGGAGGGAUGCAUCAUGCACUUUUUUUUUUUUUACUUUUGUUUGUAAAAAAUGUCCUGGAUAUUUUAUGUUC